AUGCAGAGGCAGGCAGAGGCUCGUCUGCACCCGGUGGCUAAAAAAACUACAUCUUGGGCGGGCUCCCUUCGAACGAUGAUGGCCAUGACCGACAAACAUGAUUCUGAGUCUCCGGAGGUCGAGCAUGUUGACGAUUCGACUCAGGAGAAAGGUGCUGUGAAUGCGCGCCUGGUCUUUGCUUGUAUCGUGUUCGGUGCGGCGUCGUUUAUGUUUGGAUAUGACGAUAAACUCAUUUCUCCUGUCGCAGCAUUAACUGGAUUCGUGGCCAAAUUCCAAGGACCAAACCCAGCGACGGGCCGGUUAGUCCUCACAGCGCGAAAUCAGAAUUUGGUCUUUUCGUUACCCCUGGUGGGUGCUGUCCUCGGAGGCCUGCUAGCCUCACCAUUGAACUUCCAUUUUGGUCGCAAGUGGCCUUUAAUCGCGGCGUAUAUUCUGUCUAUCGGUGGUGGCCUGCUUCAAGUCUUUGCGCCGAAUCUGGGGGCUUUUGUUGGUGGUCGGUCUAUCAAUGGGAUCGCAAUGGGGAUCGCAAUGGCAACGGCUCCUCUUUAUUUAUCAGAGGUCGUCCCAGCUUCAAUGCGAGGCCGAUCCGUCAGCUCCCUCAACAUCCUCAACCUCACAGCCGGCGUAGCCAGCACGGUCAUCGUAUGGGGCACGCAAAAGCUCGGGGGACACUUAUCAUAUCAAAUUCCCCUCGCAGUCCAAUCAGCCACCCCCAUCAUAUUGAUCCUACUCACACUCCCCCUCCCUGAAAGCCCCGAAUGGCUCGUGGCAAAGGGAAACAUCCCCCAAGCCCGGCAUAACCUCCGCCAGCUACGCGGCUUCAGCGACAGCAAACUCGAUUCCGAACUCCGGUUAAUGGAACUAUGCGAGAAAGAAGAUCGCGAGAUACGCGCACAAGUCAAAUUCUGGCAUAUUUUCCAACGGAAACAUCUCCGACGCACGCUCGUCGCUGGUUCAUUCUAUUCAUUGAAUCAGAUAUCGGGUGUUAUCCUAUCAACGACAUAUACAACUGUUUUCCUCACCGAAUUAGGUAUCGGCGACCCCUUUUCUUUGACUAUCAUCGCGUCUUGCUGUACAUUGGCGGGUACAAUCUUCGCACCAUUCGUCCUCGACAGAGCCGGUCGUCGCCCAACAGCCUUCACCGGAAUGAUAAUCCUCUUCCUAAUCGAUCUAAUCGCCGGAAUCCUCGCCUUUUACAUAAAAUCCAACAAAAACGCAACCCUAACCAUCGCCGCUCUAUCCUUCAUCUUCAAUUUCUUCUGGGCAUCAUCCUUCUACUCCCUCUCCGCUUUAAUGCCGUCUGAAAUCGCGACCCCGAAACUGCGCCACCAUACUAUGUCUUACACGAUAGCUUGCCAGGAGGUUACGGCUGUGAUUACGACGCUGGUUGUGCCGCAGUUGACUUCUGCGGAUGCGGCGGGGUUGGGGGCUAAGACGUAUCUUGUUUUUGCGGGGUGUAUGGCGGGGAUUAUUGGGUUUGUUUAUGGGUUUAUGCCCGAGACGAUGGGGAGGACUUUUGCGGAGAUUGAUGAGAUGUAUAUGGCCAGGGUGCCGGCUUGGAGGUGGAGGUCUUAUGUGACUUCGGUUGAGGCGAGGACUGGGGAGGGGGUGCCAGUGGGAGUGGAAGAGGGACAGGUUUUGGGGAAGAGGUGA